CUUCCAGUCCGUGCCGUGGCGUGGCGAGAGGCCCGCAGCGGAGCGACAGCAGCUCGGGGCUGGCCGAGGGCAACCCCAAUGCGUGGACUAUUCGCCGCUGCAGCAUGCUGGAGCUACAGUUCAGCUGAAGGGAGUUUGCACACGGCCGGCUGGGCUGGACUGCAGCGCUGCCAUUCCUUAUGAAGAAGGCACAAACUUGGAUUAUCACUUGCUUUUGUCUUCAACUACUCCUACUUAAUCCUCUUGUCAAAGCCCAGAGUUCCUGCGGGAAUCCAGUGACAGAUGAUGUAAAUGAUAUUGCAAAAUUGGUUGGAAAUCUCCCAAAUGAUUAUCUGAUAACCCUUAAAUAUGUCCCGAAGAUGGAUAGCCUGCCUAAUCACUGUUGGUUGCAUUUGAUGGUGCCUGAAUUUUCAAGGAGUCUACAUAAUCUUCUCCAGAAAUUUUCAGAUAUUUCCGAUAUGUCUGAUGUUUUAAGCAACUAUUCAAUCAUUAAUAACCUCACAAGGAUAAUCAAUGAUCUUAUGGCAUGUUUAGCUUUUGAUAAAAAUAAGGAUUUUAUAAAAGAAAAUGGUCACCUUUAUGAAGAAGAUCGUUUCAUUCCUGAGAAUUUUUUUAGGCUCUUUAAUAGUACCAUUGAGGUCUACAAGGAGUUUGCAGAUUCAUUGGAUAAGAACGACUGCAUUAUGCCUUCAACUGUAGAAACACCAGAGAAUGAUUCCAGAGUCGCUGUCACAAAAACAAUUUCGUUUCCUCCUGUUGCUGCCAGCUCCCUUAGGAAUGACAGCAUUGGCAGUAAUACUAGCAGUAACAGUAACAAAGAGGCACUUGGCUUCAUUAGCAGCUCCAGCCUGCAAGGGAUCAGCAUAGCAUUGACAUCAUUGCUGUCUCUUCUCAUUGGCUUUAUUCUGGGAGCCAUAUACUGGAAGAAAACACAUCCUAAGUCCAGACCAGAAAGUAAUGAAACUAUACAGUGUCAUGGUUGUCAAGAGGAAAAUGAGAUAAGUAUGUUGCAGCAAAAAGAAAAAGAACAUCUACAAGUGUAGCUGUUGCUUUUUCUCCCUCAACACUGUUACUGUUUCAUGUACUGGCAGGUAACAGUUCCAUGUUUGCUUCAUAAAUGAAGCAGCUUUAAGCACAUUCAUAUUCCUUCUGGAGUGACAGACUGAGUCUGCAUCUGUUGUUGCUGCCCAUGACUCCGUAGACAUGACAUAGAAAUGAGGACAAUUUGUGUUUCUUACUGUGAAACCAACACUGAAUUGAACAACAAGAAGAGUGUGCACUUAACAGGACUAUAUCUUAUGUGAAUAUCUACUUUGUGUGGCAUUUGGGGUUUUUAAUUGCAUUAGUACUCACGUCUGAUUCUGACAAACAAAGUACAUGUCCAGAACAAAAAACAUCUUUCAAAUGCCUCUAACUAUAUGGGAUCGUUGAAAAUCAUAAAUACCUUUGCAUCCUUAAUUUAAGUUCUAUGUCCUCUACCUUACCUUGGUGUCUUCAAGUGGAAUACUUUGAACUGAGAGAAAAUGCAGAAAUGAAUACAGAUAACAUACUCUACAAUACUGUAUAUAAAACUUGAAAGUAAAGUCAUGACGUGGACCAGUUUACUAGCCUUUUACUUAUAAGGAACUGGGUUUAUUCCUGGCAAAAGUCAUGUAUACAGUGACAAGUGGGCUCUGUUGGAUGCCAAGUGGCUACAUGCCCACAAUGGAAAGCCUCAAGAAUUCAUCAGGUUUGGUGGUGUCUGCUCAGGAGAAGCAAAUACUGGAUGAAGACAAAGUAAACAGGACGUUACAGUACAUCAUGGAGCUUUGAAGCAUUAGGAGUAACUGCUGGAGAUGUGAAUACUGGUGAAAUUUCCAGCCAUACCAAGAGAAGGGAGAGUAAAGAGUCUGAAUUGCGUUCAAACAUCAUAAUAAAGACAAACCCAUGAAAUGCAUUUCAAAUGCUGAAGAUGCAUGCCACUGAUAACUUGUUUUCAAAUGUAUAGCAUAGAGAAUCUAAAAGAUCCUGAGAGUGUAUUUAGCUUUUACUUACGUCAGCUGUAACUAAUAUUUGCAUUGUGUUUUAAAUGAUUAGUAAGCUUUACUAUCCUGACAUUCUCCACUCCUAAGGUUAAUUCUCUUGAAACAAAAGAGAAAGGCUUUAAUUUCCACUUGUCUUCUACAACUACUGCUGCUGUAGCAUCCAUGAAAUCUUGUACAGGUUUGAUGUACAAGCAUUUUCAAGAAAAUCCUAAAAAUACUGUGAUAAAAAUUACAAGUACAGUUGUGCAUCUUUUCAUCCUGACUCUUUCUAGAUAAUGGUUAUAAAUCAUUUAUCUGUAUUAGAGGUUUUUACUUCAGAAUGUAAGAGCGGUUCACUUCAGAUGACAAACUGCCUUCCGUCAUCAAACUGGCUAUGUCAGUAAGAAUUUUAGUUUGAGUAACUUGAAAAUAUUUAAAAAAAAAUAAAAAUAAAACAAGGAACACCUUAUGAAUGUUUUGCAGAAAGUUGGAGUUCUCUCUAAAGUAUAGUCUAACUUAACUGUAAAAUCAUAAAAUAUCCUGAGUUGAAAGGGACCCCUGAGGAUCACCAAGUCCUGACUCCACACAGGGCAAUUUAAGAGAUAAACAAUAUAUCUAAUACCAUUCUCCAAAAUCUGCUGUUACACUGACAGGAUAAUUUUUUAAAGAAUUUUGGUGGAAUUUUUAAUCAUCUGAUAAAUUUUCUGAGAGCGAUGCAUAGAAAGAACUUAACAUAUGUAUAAUAUAAUCUGUGUGUGUGUGUGUGUGUGUGUGUAUUAUUGGUAAAACAGUUUUGGCUUUCAUACUCACUGAGAAAGGAAAACCUCAGGACUUCAUUAUGAUGACAGAGCUUAUAUGUGCAUUUAGCUACUUUGCUUGGAAUUUUGACACUACUGAGGUCAGUGGUGAAACUUCUUUUGAAUUCACCCAUACCAGGAUUUGACCACAUAGAUCUAGUUUUUUCUUUUCUUAUACUAAGGCCUGCUUAAGUGUCAGAAAAUAAUAUUUUGCCCUCCCCGGGUGUCAGAAAAGUGUUCUCCAAUCUCAUUCUGUUGGUAUAAAUUAGCACAGUCCCAUUGCUGUUAACAGAGCUUUGAGGUUUUUAUCAUCUGAGGAAGGUAGCUUAAACAAAAAUUUGCCAGUGUAUAGUUCUUUACUCACAAGGCCUGCGAACUAAAGAAGAGUUACCCUGAAAGAAAUAUCAGCAUAACCAAAUUGAUAGGAAAUGUGCACCUUACUGGUAUUGUGAAGAAUAACUUUAUGUACGUUUUGAAAAGUAUCAACCAACAAUAAGUGGAAGCCACUAUCCUUACAUAUUUUACAAAAAACAUAUUUCACAUUGCUACUUUGUAUGUUCUCAAAGCUAGUUUAUAUAUUCUAAGUUUUACAGUAUUUUCAAAGAUUCUUUUAAACAAAAAAUUUGUAUUUAUUAACUUUCUUUGUUCAUGAGAGUAUUAGUUUUCCAUCUACCCAUAAAAUAGUAAAAGAUAAAAUGACAGGUUUAAAUGGAAACAUACAUUAUACCCAGAUAGAUGGUGACAAAAUAUUCAUGUUCGAAGAGUAAAAUCUUAAAAUAGUAGAUAUGUCACCUUCAUAUGUCACAUUCUUUAAUAACUGAUAAGGAGUAAAGCAAAUUGAAGGCUACAUGCAAACUGAAAGAAAGUUCAUGUGUAUAACUUCCAACCUGACAUCACAAUCUGUUCUGAUUUUGAGUAUGCACUGAACAUAAUACAACAGAGUAGCAAAACUGUUGAUAGAGCCCAUGGUUUCCCUGUUCUUCCUACCCAUUUUAGAGAGAUUUGAACAAAAUAUUAUAUGGUCUCAGCCAUUUUGCAAGGCAGAAGGACAUUUCUGGAUAUUUAUAGAUAUGAAUGAAUGGCAAGUGGAUGGCAUGACACUUGAAAAUGUGAUCAUAAAAUUAUUUCAAGGGUUCUGUGUUGCUUUCAGCAACUAUGAUGUUAGCUACCUGUGUUAGCCCUCUUGCGCACACUGACCAAUUACCUGAUCAGGGCCAAAUGACUGCAAACGCACACCAAUAUGAUGAGCAGUAAAAUGGCGUUUAAUCACUGCUAAACACAGCUUAUAUACCUUUACUUGAGCUAUCGUGCCCUGUCCUGAUUUGUCCAUACUGGAUCUUAGCCCUUUACUACAAUUCCUUAUUUGGCUCCUAUUGUCUCCUCAUUCCUUCGCCUUCUUAUCUUGUUUACUUUGUUAGCAAGGACAGUCUGUCUGAGCACAACAGCACCCUUUCACUGUGCUUAGGGAAAGGCCUAUCCUGUACAGCACGUAUCCCUGUCAAGCGCCUACUACAACAGUUCUGUGCCCAAUUUAUCUAUCCACCAAGGAGGACUUAAUUUUACAUGCACUGAAAUUUUGAAAAACUACUGAUUUGUUUGAAACCAAUGGAAAUAAUAUAAGUUACUAUUCUGUGAAAGUAGUGGUGGCAGAAAUAGUCCUUUAAUUGCUUCUUUAUCCAGCUGUAGUCUAUCUGACUUCUGAAUAGUGAUCACUUCCUCAGAGUUUUUGGGUAAGCUUUGUAUUAGCUCAGAAAUGAGCACCCUUUCUCUUAAAAUGAAUUUGGGGGAAAAGUGAAUGUCGGUUUUGGGUUGUUGUUUUUGUUUUGUUUUGUUUUGUUUUUGUUUUUGUAUGAAAAUCAACCAAGUUUGGGUUUCAGAUGUCUUGUCAUUUUUUGAGGAACUAACAUUUUUAGGUUUCCUUUGGCAUAGUUGAAUUUUGCAUGCAAUUAAUAGUGGCCUUGUGAUAAUAAAAAGCAGAUAGUGAUAUACUGAGUAACUCAAUGUGCUAUUUUAGAUAUGUGUUUACUUGAAUAAAUUAAUGGUACUUAUUUAAUCACAAGGUCAUUGUAUAAAUAAGCUUUUGAACAACUAAUGUGCUAUACUAUGGAGUAUAUGUACAACCUGCACAUUUUUUAAUUUCUGAUCUUCACCAGCUCUGUUUUCUCUGUUGCUCUCUCUCUGUAGUACACUGAAACUAUUCAGUACACACAGUACAAAUAUUAAAUGGAAAAGCUAACCACAUACAUAAAGAUAUUUUGAGUUAGAUUUACAUUUAAGAAUAAUCCAACAUUCUUCAAUUCAGGAAUCUGAUAUAUAUUGAAUGCAGAUGUACAGUGAUGGUGGCAUGUUGCUAUUAUGUUACUGAAGUGAUAGAACGCAGUAACUUCAGACUCUUUAGUGAUAGAGACACAGAUGUUUGCUGGUUGUAUCAUGGGCAAAUUCAUUUAUCUCAAUGUAAAUGUCAGCACAGUCUUGCAUAGCUACAUUCUGACUGGCAGUAAUAAAAUUUAUGUAAUGUGGUGUGUAUGUAUAUAUGUGUCCUUUUAAAGAUAGAUGUUUUCCCUGAUCCUUUUUUAUACCAAUUCAAAUUUGAAAUUUACAUUAUAUACAUAUACUUUAUUGUUCUAAAUAAAGAUAUUAUGCACUGCCAA